CACAAUUACAUGAGAGAUAAAGCAGGCUUUGUAAUUUUCAAAGAACGAUUAAGUCCUGAAGAUUUUAAAGAUACGAAUCAAGAAGAAUUUGAGACCAGUAGCCAAUAUUCAGACGACCUUAGCUCUGAAGAAAGUGACUUUUCAGAAUAUGAUAGCUGAGAUGAAACGGAUAUAAUUGACUUCCUAUCGAUGACUGCAUAUGAAUAUUUUUAUACUUUGAAGUUCCCAUCCUUUCUCUAUUUAUAUGAAGAUCUACACUCGGAAAACGAGAUUGUUGAGCAAACUCAGAUUGAACAGAAGGAUUUGAUCAAGCCCAUUCAUACUCAGAAUCUGAAGAAGUUUAAAAACACUAAUACUUUAAAUAAGUCUUCAAAAACUCAAAAAGGAGAUGUAGAUGAUUUUAAAGUCACUUUUCAAGAUCAAGAUGCACUUCUCCAAUCUAAAAAUGAUUUAUUUUCUGGUGAGAAUGAGAGUCUAAGUUUCUCAGAUAACCUCAAGUCCUAUCCAAUUGAUGAUUCUUUUGAAGUAAACUUGGAGAAAAGGAUUCUGCCAGCCAAUUCAGACAUCGAAGCAUUAUCUGAAAAUUCAUUGGAUUCUCUUUCAUCAUUGAAGCAAUUUCUGACAAAAACCCAACAGUGGCAAGAGAGACUAGAUCUUGCUUCAAAGAUCAGGGAUCUUAUCGCUAAGGCUCUCAAACUUAUUGAUAAGCUUCUAGUCAUUUGUGAUAGCCUGGAAAAGAUCUCAAGCGAAAAUUUUGUUAAGCGUAAAAACUUUUGAGAUGGGAGGGAACUGCAAGAUAAAACGUUCAGCUCAAUUGCUCUGACUUCUUGGAUGCAAUGGCUUUUGGUGGAAAAUAGAUUAGCAAAAUUUAGGAUCAUUAUGUUCCUUUUAUCAUUUUGUGAUGAAGAGGUUUAUCAAUACUACAUUGAAGAACUUCUUUCCCAAAAUGAUAGUUUUGCUAGUCUAAAUAUUUCUGUAAAAUUCCAAAUGCCAGCAAUUUAAGCAUGAUGAGAGUGCAGUUUCGCUCAGCCUAUCCUGUGACUCAAGUCUUACCUAUUCAGAGGAUCAUCAGCAUGGCAAAGAUUCAAAUAUGAACUUCAGUAUUUAUGAUAUUCCCAUAUCAUAUCCCAAAAAUCCAGACCAAGAGCUCAUUGGUGACACACCAGAGCUCUUCAGAAUCAAGAGUGUGCCUGACAUGAGUCAUUACUACACUACUUCUAAUGACUCAAAGUCUCAGGACCUUACCAUCUUUGAGAAGAGUUCUACUAAAUCGAUUGAGAAAUUCGACCAGGGACCUCUCUAAUUCGACCAAGUAGUUCUGCCCUCACAAAAAAUACAUAAAAUUUUUGAAUAAAUCUUUCCUCUAU